AUGGCUGAACAGCAAUCUACGGAAUACUCUGCAGCCGACGAAAAGGCGGACAUGGCUCACAAUGAGGACGCCCAAGCACACAUCGAUGCGGAAAAGCUCAAGCAUGCCGAUCUAGCCGCUCGCAUUCUCGGCGACAAGCAAGUUGUCGUGACACCAGAGGAUAACAAGCGAAUCCUGCAGAAAACAGACUCCAUUAUCCUUGUCAUUCUAUGCUGGGUGUAUUUCCUCCAGAUUCUCGACAAGUCCGUCCUAGGCUACAGCGCCGUGUUCGGCCUGCAAACUGACACGCAUCUGGUGGGCUCCCAAUACUCACUUAUCGGCAGUGUUGGCUACUUCGGACAAAUUGGUAUCCUCCCAUUCAUGACCUACAUCAUGGUCCGCGUUCCACCACGGAUACUCAUGCCAAUCCUCGUAUUCUGCUGGGGUGCAAGCUUGACCGGCAUGGCGGGCGCAAAGGAUUACGGCGGCCUCAUCGCGGCUCGAUUCCUGCUUGGCUUGUUCGAGGCAGGGUGCUUGCCCUUGUUCACGCUGAUAACCAUGAGCUGGUAUCGCCGUGCUGAACAGCCCAUGCGCGUUGCCGCAUUCUACGGGACUAACGGCUUCUCGACCAUAAUCGGCUCUGCCCUGGCAUUUGGUCUAGGACACAUCCAGAGUUCUGUGCUCCAUUCUUAUCAGAUCAUCUUCCUUUUCUUUGGUCUCAUCACUGUCAUCAGCGCGUUCCCGAUUCUCUGGAAGCUAGACAACAGCAUUGGUGAAGCACGUUUCCUCUCGGAAGAAGACCGUCUCAAGGGCAUUGAGAGACUCCGUGCCAACCAGCAAGGAACUGGAACCACAGAGUUCAAGUGGCACCAGGCGCUGGAAUGCCUGCUCGAACCGAAGACCUAUCUCUUCUUCAUCAUGACCUUCCUGCUCAAUGUCGCUGCUUCGGUGGCAAAUACCUUCGGUCCACUCAUCGUCGCUGGACUCGGCUUCGAUCCUUAUACAAGCAGUUUGUUGAACAUGCCGUUCGGCGCUGUGCAGCUUAUCACAAUCUUCGUGUCCUCCUGGGCUGCGUAUAACUUCAAGAACAAGGGAUACAUAUUGAUUAUCAUUUGCCUUCCUGUGAUCCUAGGCACAGGCUUGCUCUAUGGUCUUGGGCGCACUUCGAAUCUUAACGGAGCGCUUUUGUUCGCUUACUACAUCAUUGGCUUCACCUUUGGUGGCAAUCCCCUCAUCGUUGCGUGGAUCGCAGCCAACACAGCCGGUCACACCAAGAAGUCCACCGUCAUGACCUGCUACCAAAUCGCAUCCUCUGUCGGCAAUGUUGUCGGCCCGCUCAUGUUUAAUAGCGCCGACAAGCCAUACUACAAGAAUGGGUUGAAAGGGACCAUGUCUUGCUUCUGCAUUCUUUUCGUUGUCUACAUUCUGCAGAUACUCAACCUGAUGUAUCUGAAUAAGCAGAAGGAAAAGCAGCGUGUGGCGAAUGGAAAGCCUGCCAAGCUCAGGGACUUGAGCAUGAUGAAGCAUUUCGAGCAGGCCAACGAUCACACUCUUGCGUCGGCAGAGGCGGGCCACCAUGCGCAUCUUGGCGACCAGGCUUUCCUGGACAUGACGGAUCAGGAGAACGACGAGUUUGUCUACGUCCUGUGA